ACAGACUACUCUGGAAGACUCGAAUUGCUGUCUUCAUUUACGAAAGUUUAUAAUUGAGCCUGAAAUUCCGCAUAAGACCCUUAAAGCUAAACGCAGAACCUCCCCCUUUCCACUGCAAGUGGAACAAGCUGUUAUGGCUACAUUGUCGAUGGACUUAGCGACUACUUUCAUUGGGUUAGCGAGUCGACUGGCGAACACGCUUAGAGUUCGGACUACAGUGUUCUCACUUCCAUGGAGAUCAAAGCUUCAUCUAUCUUGGAGCUUCCAAACAUCUUCGGUCGACCUGAAAAUGGUCUCCAGUUUCUCAAAUUCGAACAGACGUGUUCGUUUGUUUACGGCUGCAGCUGCCACAACUGAGAAUGAGAACUCGGAUGUUUUGACCAAGAUUCCUCCUGAUGAUCGAGUUCCUGCUACAAUAAUCACUGGGUUCUUAGGGUCUGGGAAGACGACUUUGCUGAACCAUAUAUUGACCGCUGAUCAUGGAAAGCGUAUAGCAGUGAUUGAGAAUGAGUUUGGUGAAGUGGACAUUGAUGGUUCUUUAGUUGCUGCCAAAACUACUGGGGCUGAGGACAUAGUUAUGCUCAAUGAUGGUUGUCUCUGCUGCACUGUGAGGGGUGAUCUUGUUCGGAUGAUUUCAGAGUUGGUGAAGAAAAAGAGAGGAAAAUUUGAUCAUAUAUUGAUAGAGACUACAGGAUUAGCAAAUCCAUCACCAAUCAUCCAGACAUUUUAUGCAGAGGAUAAAAUUUUCAAUGAUGUCAAGCUGGAUGGUGUUGUAACCCUGGUUGAUGCAAAACAUGCUGGUUUUCACCUUGAUGAGGUUAAGCCCAAAGGUGUCGUUAAUGAGGCAGUUGAACAAAUUGAUUACGCUGAUCGCAUUAUAGUGAACAAGACUGACCUUGUCACUGAACCAGAAACUGCUUCCUUGAUCCAGCGUAUAAAGGAUAUAAAUGGCAUGGCUCAUCUAAAACGUACUCAAUUUGGCAAAGUUGAUUUGGAUUAUGUUCUUGGUAUUGGAGGAUUCGAUCUGGAAAGGAUUGAGAGUGCAGUUAAUGCAGAGGAUUCAAAGGAGGGUCACAAAGAUCAUGCAAGUCAUGAUCAUGACAAUGAUCACCAUGAUCACCAUCAUCACGAUGAACAUGACCAUAAACAUGUCACUGUUCACAGUCAUUGGAGAUUACCUCCAUCGAGAAAACCCCAUCUGGGUUGCUGCUGAGGUCCUAGUCAACAAGUUGGGCUGCUGCCGUCUGCCGAGCAUUACACCAUCAAGUUGAACCUUCCACUGCGUCAAAUCUGGUGGUCUGCAUCUCUUUCCUUUGGAUGACCUUGAGUUCUUCUUUUCUCCU